UGAUUAGUCAGAGCGGUGUUGGUGAGGAAUCUAAUCGAUAAACUUUUCCGAGACAAACAGCCAGUGUGUUUACUACGCCGUUCUGCUGCUUCAUCGCCAGCAAUUCACAACAUUCAACAUGCAAACGACACCAACGCACUAGUUUGCAAGGAAAAGAUGGAGGACGUGGCCUCCACUCCGGUCCUCGCUGGUCCAUCCCAAGCCGGCUUCCCCCUUCCGGCCACCUCGGAGCGCCGCAGCAGGAAGUCUGGCACCGCUAACAUUUUUCAGGGGGUUAACCUGAAGCAGCUCAGGCGGCUGUUCCAUGCAGCGGGGGACCCCGAGGCGGACCAGAGAGCCCGGAUGGUCUGGGGGAGCCGGAGAGCGGGGAGUGGCGAGGAUGGAGUGGACGGGGAGGAAGAAGAGGGGGGUGGAGGGAUGACGGAGGUGGAGACGGGGCUGGCACAGGCGCUGGUGGGACUAAGGGUCCGAGCGCGGAACAGAAACGGAAUCAGGGAGUCUCACAAGGACACUACAGGAACAAGAUGGGUCCGAGCGUUCGGUCAUCUCAGAAUCAACGAGGGCUCGCUAGGAAAACCAUCUGAUGUCACAACUGGAGAUGACAGUGAUGAAAAGGAAGACGACUCAUCAUCUCUGGGAGCAUGUGGAGGGCAGAGCACUUCCGAGGGUGGAUCAUGUGACCAAGGUGACUUCCUGUCCCCAGGGGAAGAGACCCAGGGGCCGACCGGUGGUCCCAGAUGGAGUUGGAAUGCAGUUCAAGAGAAGGACCCGGAACGCUACCUGCACCGAAUCCGACACUGAAACCGCUGACGGGAGCUGGGAUUAUCACCGACUACAUGCAUGGAAUCAGAUUACUCGCUCGCUGUUUUUACAGAUUUACUUGAAACUACAACCGCAAUGAAACGCUAGUCUUAAUCAUGCCAUGAACACUACAGCCCGCAGGGCUGAGAACAGACUUGAAGAGUAAUUUCACCGGCCGUGAGUUGUUGUGAAGUGUCAUAUUUAACUCUACAGGUUUGUGCCAUUCUCACACCCUUUGACCUCCAGCGCAGUCCCACAACGCACAAUAAUGAAACGCUAUUGAAGAGUUCAUCCAGAAAUGUAAGAAAGGAUUUACUUAUCAUUUUUCAAACCUGUAUGAUGUACUUUUGUGUAACACAAGACGUUUUGUAAAGCAUAAACAAUGGAAGUGAAUGGGCACUGGGGCUGUUAUGUUGCACCAGAGACUCAAAACACUAUUAGUUGUAGCACGUCCCAUACGAAACACAACAUGCUAAGUUCGAGAUGUAAGAUUUUUAGCUUGACCCACUGAAGUCAUGAUACUUCAAUGAUCCAGAUGUUUUUUUGUAAAUGGAGCAAGAUAGCCCCAGUCGCUAUUGGUAACUUUUCUCAUUUAUAAGGUGAACUACUCCUUUAAACGAAAAAUAAUGACUCGAUUCCUAUCAAAACUUCCAGAGCCCCUGCCUCCCGUUUUCUGUUGACAUGAAUGUAUGGGGCCAGAGGGUUGGGUUUGAUUAUUUAAUGAUACGUGCUUGUAUUUUUCUGCCUUCCAGGUAUGUAUAAUUAGUAGAUUUGUAGUGCAGUUCUCUGUUAAUCAUUCUAGUGUUGUUUUAUAUGCAGGUAGUUUGUGGUCAUUUGUAAAUUAUGCAUUAGAACUGCAACAUCACCAGUAGGUAGGUUGUAUAGCAGUAUGCAGAACUCUAAUCAUUAUUACCGAGUAUUUUACGUCUUCAGAAGCAAUACAGACUCAAACAUGUAGCUGACAUUUCUUAAACCGUCUGAGUUCAAAAGUGCAAACACUACAUGUGAAUGUCAUUUUUCUCAUCGGCAAAAGCUGU